AUGGACGCCGGUCACAUCAUCUUAGGGCGGCCUUGGCAAUCUGAUAGGCGUGUGAUCCAUGAUGGAUUCACAAACCGCUACACUCUUCUUCAUGAGGGCCGUAAAACCACUUUGAUUCCUUUGAGUCCACAAGAAGUCUAUGAAGAUCAGUUACAACUGCUGGAAAGAAGUCAAGCACCUAAGUCUCCUAAGCCAAAGAACUUCCUGGUGAAGCCAAAACAGGACUUUAGUGAUGUCUUUCCUGAGGAUAGUCCACCAGGCUUGCCUCCUGUCCGAGGUAUUGAGCACCAGAUUGAUUUUGUCCCCGGCUCCACUUUACCAAACAGGCCGGCUUACAGAACCAAUCCGGUUGAGACCAAGGAGCUUCAGCGCCAAGUGGAUGAACUCAUGGAGAAAGGCCACAUUAGAGAGAGCAUGAGCCCUGUGCUGUUCCUGUUCUUCUUGUUCCUAAGAAGGAUGGAAGCUGGAGAAUAUGAGUUACAUGGCUCUUGCAUCUUCUCUAAGAUUGAUCUUAAGAGUGGUUAUCACCAAAUCCGGAUGAAGGAAGGUGAUGAGUGGAAAACCGCCUUUAAAACCAAGCAUGGUCUAUAUGAGUGGCUUGUGAUGCCAUUUGGCUUGACCAAUGCGCCAAGUUUUGUGGUGAGUGCAGAUGGCGUACAGGUUGAUGAAGAGAAGGUCGCAGCUAUCGGGAUUGGCCUAGUCCUAAGACCGUUGGAGAGGUCAGAGCUUUCAUGGCUUGGCCGGAUUCUAUCGGCGGUUUGUUAA